UUUUAAAGUAUAUGUCGCUAUUAUAACUAGUUUAAUGUAGAUCGAGAGUUGAAUGUCGAUCAUGUAGAUCAUUCACGCGUGUACAACUAAUAAGAAUCGCAUUAGGAAUGUCUCCAAAUAAAGAUACUAUCACUCCUAUACCAUAUAACACUCUUCUUUUCUAUCUUUCGAGUCUCCCCAAAAGUAUAAUAAUUUCAAUAGUCAAAACGUUUUAUAUUUUCUUUGAAUAUCAGAUCUGUUCUCAUAUCUACUUGGUCUCACUUGGUCUCUACGUCUCUUCUACUUAUCUUUUGACGUGAUAAGACGCAUGCGCCAAUAGUGCUGAUACCAGCAGAUACAAGUGGAUACAAGGUGAUAAUUUGAGAUCGGUUCAUCUGUCACUUUCGACUGUACAGCCCUAACAUAUCAUAUUUUCAACUUAAAACGUGACAUUGAAAAAUGAUGUCUGAAAGAGAUUAUGCACCGCUCAGUGCUGCUUGUGUACGAUCCCUUAAUGAUAAACUUUACGAAAAACGGAAGGCAGCUGCUCUAGAAAUAGAAAAGAUGGUAAAGGAGUUUGCUGCACACAAUAAUACUGUACAAAUUAAACGACUCUUAAAAGUGCUGGGUCAAGAUUUAGCCACUUCGCAAAAUCCACAUACACGAAAGGGUGGUUUAAUUGGCCUGGCGGCAAUAGCAGUAGGCCUGGGAAAAGACACUGGUCAAUAUAUAGAAGAUCUGAUUCACCCUAUUCUAGCAUGUUUCAGUGAUUCUGAUUUACAUGUAAGAUACUAUGCUUGUGAGAGUUUGUAUAACGUGGUAAAAGUAGCAAGGGGUGCUGUAUUGCCACAAUUUACAGAUAUUUUUGCAGCACUCAGUAAAUUAGCAUGCGAUUCAGAACAAAGCGUAAAAAAUGCUACAGAGUUACUUGAUAGACUUAUGAAGGAUAUUGUAACAGAGAGUGGCCUGUUUGAUUUAGUUGGAUUUAUGCCACUAUUACGAGAUCGUAUUUAUACCAAAAAUUCAUUUGGUAGGCAAUUUGUAAUUGCUUGGGUAUCGGUCUUAGAUGCUGUCCCUAACAUGGAUUUUAUCAUAUUUUUACCUGAAAUUCUUGAUGGCUUAUUUAGAAUAUUAGAAGAUCCAACACCAGAAAUUAAGAAAGUAACAGAUACAGUUCUUGGUGAAUUUUUACGUAGCAUAAAGUCCAAUCCUGGAAGAGUAGAUUUUCCUGGAAUGAUAAAUAUUUUAAUUACGCAUGCACAAAGUACAGAUGAAUUAUUACAAUUAACAGCAAUUACAUGGAUCAAGGAAUUUGUGCAAUUAUCAGGGCCCCUUAUGCUUCCUUAUAUGUCUGGCAUUCUUAUAGCAGUUUUACCCUGUUUAGCAUAUGAUGGAGAUACUAGGAAAAGUAUUAAGGAAACUGCAACACAAGUAAAUAUAAACUUAAUGAAAUUAAUAACUAUGGAGAAUACACAACAUGUAAAUAAUGUUUCUGAAAACACUGCACAAGUUCUACAAGAUACUAGUCAAAACUGCUCCUUGGCCGAAAGCGUAGAUUUAUCUAGCGUCGUCGAAGUGCUAACAAAGCACUUAAUGUAUAUGUCAGUACAAACCAAAGUUGCUGUUCUGAAAUGGAUUCAUCAUUUAUUCACAAACAUACCACAUAAAAUGUUUAACCAUAUUGAAAAUUUGUUCCCAAUUUUGAUGAAGUCUUUGAGUGAUACUUCCGACGAAGUUGUUCAGCAAACGUUAGUUGUAAUGGCUGAAAUAAUUAGUUCAAAAUCUCCCGAGGCAGCUACUAAAGACUCAAACGCGGAAAUGCAAAACAAGUACUUCACAAAAUUUAUUGUGAAUUUAUUAAGACUUUUUUCGACAGACAGGCAUUUGCUAAAAGAAAGGGGCGCUUUUAUUAUCAGAGAAUUGUGCGUGUUGUUAAGUGCCGAGGAUAUUUAUAAAACAUUAGCGAAAAUAUUAAUGGAUGAACCAAAUUUAAAUUUCGCGUGUACAAUGAUACAGACAUUAAAUGUUAUAUUGUUAACGAGUUCGGAACUUUUUGAUUUACGAAACAAACUUAAAGAUUUAGAUUCUUUGGAAAGCUGCGAAUUAUUUAAAUGUUUAUAUAUAUCCUGGUGUCAUAAUCCUGUUGCAACUGUAGCAUUGUGUUUUCUAUCACAACAUUAUGGCCAUGCUUGUAAUAUUAUUAGAUCAUUUGAAAAUAUCGAAGUUACUGUAGAGUUCCUCACAGAAAUAGACAAAUUGGUGCAGUUAAUCGAGUCACCAAUAUUUACUUAUUUAAGAUUACAGCUCCUUCAAAGAGAAGAAAACGAUGCCUUAGUCUACGCCUUGUAUGGUCUUCUUAUGAUUCUUCCUCAAAGCGAGGCAUAUGCAACUUUGCAAAAACGUUUAGCAGCUAUUCCUCCAACCUCGAUAUCAAAAGCUCCGCCCAAUUUAAAACCGUUCAAGGAUACAUUUGAUUUUCCCGAAUUGUUGAAACAUUUUCACACUAUCCAAGAACAACAUAAGGAGCAGAAACGUAAACAAAGAUUAACAAAUUUGAUAGAGAAAAAUACAAAUCACACGGAUAUGUAAAUAAUCAUUUUUAUAAACUUAAACUUUAGAUGAUUAUAUAUAAUAAUUUAUAUAAAGGUAAACUGGUGUAUGUACAGAUCCGUAAUUUUUUUACUAUGUUUUUACUGUAAACAUAUUUAUAUGAACAAAGAUUGUGAUUUACCAUUUUUUCUAUCACAAAAUUAUGUAUGAUUUUCAUACAAAAUAAUUUAUUUUUCAUUAUAUGAAGAAAAUUGUGAAUAUUAUUGAACGUUGUUAACUAUCUUAAUCAAAUUAACUAAUAUACAAUAUACAUUUACCAACAUUGUAUAUAUAUUACAAAUACAGAGAAACAACUUACGCGCAUAAAAUAUAUCGCUAUUUACAAUACAUAAA